AUGGCGGAAAUUGGGUUUCCUCUCCUCUGUAUUCUUUUCACUUUAUCACUCCCAUCCAUUCUGUCUCGCAGCCACUUACCUACUUCCACCGGAGAAACUUCGGAGCUCGAUGUAUCUGCUUCCAUCCAGAAAACACUCGAUGUCCUCUCAUUCACUCCUCGCCCUUCACAGUCGCUAAUGGGCAUCCUAGACUCGCUCGUGACUCAGCACGAGUGGAAUCCCUUCAAACCAGGGGUAGAUCUAGCCGUUAAUGGCGUCAGGAAAGCGGAUCUUAAGCCGGUAGACACUGAGCUUGCAGCUGAGGACUUGGAAGUUCCGGUGAUUUCAGUGACGUCAACUGGGUACAGUGCGCACCCUGCGGCGAUUGCUACCAGCAAGCGGACCCCAUUUUUGAGCCGGCGUCGUCCACCUCCUACUCUCCGCUCACCUGCGACGCUCACCAGUGCAAAUCUCUCGACGUUUCAGAGUGCAGAAACGGCACCUGCUUGUACGAAGUAUCCUACGGUGACGGGGUCAUACACCGUCGGAGAUUUCGUGACGGAAACUGUGACUCUAGAGGGAUCCACCGCUGUUCAAAACAUAGCAAUCGGCUGUGGACAUAAUAACGAGGGACUGUUCGUCGGAGCCGCCGGAUUAAUCGGUCUCGGCGGCGGAGCGUUGUCGUUUCCUUCACAGAUAAACGCGACUUCCUACUCCUACUGCCUGGUGGAUCGUGACUCAGACUCGGCAUCAACUCUGGACUUCAACUCACCGACUCCCCACGACGCCAUUACAGCUCCGUUAUUGCGAAGCACCAAACUCGACACGUUUUACUACGUCGGUUUAAGAGGCCUCAGCGUCGCCGGCCAACUGUUACAUAUCCCGUCGUCGACAUUUCAGCUAACAACCGACGGUAAUGCCGGUGUUAUAGUUGACUCAGGUACGGCGGUGACUCGGUUGCAGACGGUGGCAUACAAUGCGCUACGGGACGCGUUCGUAAAGGGCACGAAGGGGGCUGCCGUCGGCGAACGGUGUGGCGCUGUUCGAUACUUGCUACGACUUGUCGGAGAAGAAGAGCGUAGAGGUGCCAACGGUGGCGUUUCAUUUCUCCAACGGGAAGAAACUGGAUUUACCGGCUAA